AUUGGUUGCUUUGAUUGGUUCAUUGUUUUACGCGUAUUCGUAGACGUUAAUACUACCAGCCUAUCAGGUGGUGAAGUGGGAGCAUUAGUCUUGCAGUCUUAGUAUGAGUGCAGGACUGAGAAACGAAUCACACACACCGACUUCAGCGCUGAACUGGUGUUCAGUAAGGUAAUGACUUUGAUGAUAGCGCGCGCAUAAAAGGCAGCUGUGAAAAGUUCACGCCAGUGCUCUGAAUUGGACAUCAUCAUUAUAUCAUUUAUUAUAAUCUUCGAAAAUGAGGAUGCUCGCGUUACUCAUGUGCGUCUUCACCAUCACAUGCUUUAAACCAGUCCACGGACAGGAGGACAAAGAGAUGCGCUUUUUGUGCACCGUGAUCCCGGCUGAUAAAGACCCGAGCUGCCCCGUGCAGGGGGAGUUUUUUCAGAGUGUUCAGGCUGAAGGCUUGAAGAAGACGGUGAUGCAGCUCAGAGAGACUGUUCUCCAGCAUCAAGAGACGAUCACCCAUCAGCUGGGUGCCAUCAAGGAGCUCACAUCCAAACUGUCCCAGUGUGAGAGCACCUCGGAUGAGUCUUCGUCGUGGAAGGACGGUAAAGACACGAUGGACGACGUCCCGAGAGAUCCAAACGAAACUUUGGACGCGCUGGGUAAGACAAUGCAGAGUCUGAAGGACAGGCUUCAGAACCUCGAGCAACAGCAGAUGCGAGCCAGCCUCUCUGGAGCUCCGUUUCCCAGUGAGCUGCGAGACCUCCUGCAACGUAGGCUGGGCGAUCUAGAGUACCAGCUCCUCAACAAAGUUAACGAGUUGGAGGAAGAGAAGUCACAGCUGUUUAACGAGACAUCUGUUCAUCGCCAGCAAACAGAAAACACUCUUAACACUCUCAUUAACAGACUCUCUGACUUGGAGAAAGGUACAGGAUUCAAGUCCCCUGAGGAUUUUAAACUCUCCCUACCCCUGCGCACAAACUACCUUUUCGGUCGGGUGAAAAAGAGCCUGCCAGAAAUGUAUGCCUUUACCGUGUGCAUGUGGCUCAAAUCCAGUGCCAGUCCUGGCAUUGGGACUCCUUUUUCUUAUGGUGUCCCCGGGCAAGCUAACGAAAUUGUGCUGAUUGAAUGGGGCAACAAUCCAAUAGAGCUACUCAUCAAUGACAAGGUGGCACAGUUACCUCUGUCUCUGAAUGAUGGAAGAUGGCACCACAUCUGCAUUACCUGGACUACCAGAGAUGGACUGUGGGAGACAUACCAGGAUGGCCAGAAACUGGGCUCAGGAGAGAACCUGGCCCCAUGGCACCCCAUCAAACCUGAUGGAGUCCUCAUUCUGGGCCAGGAACAGGACAUGGUUGGAGGACGCUUUGAUGCCACACAGGCCUUUGUCGGAGAACUGAGUCACUUCAACAUCUGGGAUCGAAUUCUCCGACCUGUAGACAUCAGCACCAUGGCCAACUGCUCCUCCUACAUGCCUGGGAAUGUGGUGGCCUGGGCUGACAGCAACAUCGAGGUGUUUGGCGGUGCCUCUAAAGGAGACCUUGAGUUAUGUGAAGACAAGCUUUUUAACAAUUGAAGACUUACAUAAACUAAACGGUGCCCCAGAUACUUCUACUCCUGCAUUGUGUUGUUUUUUUUGUUUGUUUGUUUCAUAAUGCGAUAUGUAUUAUGUAUGUAUUUUUUUAAAUAGUUUUUGUAUUUUCUGUUACAAAAUAUUAAUGUGUGCUUCAGUAGCCUUAAUAGUAAACAGUGUCAUAUCAGUGUGUUUAGUAUGUACUGGUUUAUUAGCAGACCAUUUCAAACAGAGAGCUUCUUUACUAACAGAAGCUAUUCUGGGUUGGAAUUUUUUUUUAUUUUUUUUGAGGACUUAAUAUAUUGCAUUUUUAAUGAAUUCAUAUGUCAAGAAUUGCAAUGUAUAGAAUAUUGUUAUUGAGUUGGUAAAUGCAUUAUAAAGUGGACACACUGUUGUAAAGAAUUCUCAAUUUAGCUUUCUGUUUAUUUUUGCCAGGUAACAAAAUAUUGUCACAAAUAAGCACAGCCAUACAUUUUUGUGACAUAUUUUGUACAAUAAAGCAUCCAAAAUGAAAUGAAAUUAAAUCAAAAGGGAAUCUUUGCUUUAUGUUCAGGUGUCGCUCUCUAGUUUAAUGUUUAUAUAAUGAUUAAUGAUUCUCUUGUAUUGUAUGAAAGGCCUUUGUUGUGAAAUGUUGUGCCAAUGCUUAUAUUGCUGGUUACCAGUGAGAAAAUAUAAAUAAAUUUAGAAAAAAACAUGGUACUUCA